AUGGCUAUUCUCUUCGAGUACGACAGUAUCAUCUUCUUUACCGGUUUUGACAUCAUGUAAUAAUUUAUAUUUAGGAGGAGCUACCCCGACUCAUCCCAAAUGUAAGAAAUGCAGUCAUCUCAAGUUUCCCCUUCGCUUUGAUUUAGUACCAGUUCCCAUAGGCAAGAUUGAAGAUGUUGAGACUCACCCUCACCGCUCUAGGGCUUCUUGCAGCUCAAGCCGUAGCACAAUGCACCCGCGAAGACCUCAUUGCUGCUACUGACAGUCUCCUUGCAGCACAGACUGCGGGAACACCCGACGCGGUAGCUCCUCUAGCCGACACAGUGGUCUACUUGGAAGCAUUUAAGACGGCUGAUAUCAAGACUGGAAUACUGUCUCACCCGCUCAAUAUUGACUUCAACCGCAGUCUCCACGACACCACCCAAUGUGCAACAUACACCGAGAUCGUUGUCACAGACAAGGCGCACCCGUACGUCAUAGGCACGCAACUGCGCUUCGCGGACGGAAAGAUCGCCAAUAUCAGCUCUCUCGUUACUGAUCAGGGAGACUGGCUUUUCAACGCCACCGGUACCCUCUACUGGGCAUCCCAGGAGAAAUGGGAUCCAAUCCCGGAGGACCAGCGCGACAGCCGCGAGGUGAUCCAGGCCGCAGCCGAUGCAUACGCCGACCUCUUCAACGACAAGACUGUGCAAGUCCCUUGGGGACACCCUUGCGCACGUCUUGAGGGUGGCGCGUACACUGGUUCGGGAUCCGCCGACGAUAGAUGCGAUGUCGGUGUUCCCAAUGGAGUCAACCUAAGCAACCGUCGUUAUGUCAUUGAUGAGACUCUCGGUGCUGUCGAUGUCUUCAUCGAUUUUGCGACUGUCCCGGACAGCCACGAGUUCCGAGUCGAGAAAGGCAAGCUUCGUUACGUCCAUACCAUAACUGUGAUGGGUGGGUAAAUAGUGAGAGAGAAUUGUUAUAUUCCUGUAGAGAGCCUGAUAUCGCGAGUUGAUUGAGAAGGAAACGAUUGGGUACGGGUAGCUUAGGUCUGUAUGGAAGUAUAGGUAGUUAAUAAAAAAUAAAACACCAUUGAACAGUCUUAUUAUUACACGAAGAGGUAGGGGCAAUAGGUUAUCUAUCCUAUUAUAAUGGGUACUUAACCGGUAGUUCAGUUUCUAAUAUAUACCCACGAAUAUGAUGGGAUGCAUCCAUCAUGGAGACUGACAAUGUCCAGAACAAAACAUUUAGAAAUGUAACUAUCGAUUCGAAUUUAUAAAGAGGUCUUGAAU